GCCCCAAGCAGCCCCAAACAGAAAUGAAGCCGGUCUGGUGGCUAUCCCUCCUCCUGGUCUUUUGGGACCCAUUUCUGGCAGAUGGAGGAAAAACUCCCCCCUCCUCGGGUCCGCACCCAAAAUGGAGAACUCCAAGGACAGCGGAUCAGGGUGAGAGGAGCUGAGAAUGUGGAGGUUUUCUUGGGAAUUCCCUACGCAAAACCCCCUAUUGGAUCUUUGCGGUUUUCCCCUCCGCAACUGGCAGAACCCUGGACUGGUGUCAGAGAGGCAACCUCUUACCCGCCCAUGUGUCUGCAGGAUCCGCUGGCAGGACAAGCUCUCUCGGAUGCCUUUGCUAACACAGGGCAAAAGAUCGCCUUGCGCAUCAUGGAGGACUGCUUGUACCUGAACAUCUACGUGCCAGUCCACACUGAUAAGGCAGAGCAGGUGCCGGUGAUGGUCUGGGUCCAUGGUGGAGGACUUCUGCUGGGCUCAGCAUCCACAUACGAUGGGUCUGUUUUGUCUGCUUAUGAAAAUGUAGUUGUGGUGGCGAUCCAAUACCGCUUGGGCAUUCUCGGGUUUUACAGCACUGGAGAUGAGCAUGCUCGAGGGAACUGGGGCCUGCUGGAUCAAGUGGUAGCUCUGCAGUGGAUCCAGGAGAACAUUGCAAAUUUUGGGGGUGAUCCGGGAUCAGUUACCAUAUUUGGGAAUUCAGCAGGUGGAUUCAGCUCUUCUGCCCAUGUGUUAUCCCCUCUGUCCAAAGGCUUGUUCCACAAAGCAAUUUCAGAAAGUGGUGUUGCCUUAGCACACUUGUUGUUCGAUGCCCAUCCAGAAAAGCUGGCUAAGAAAAUUGCUGAAUCGAUUAGCUGCCCUACCUCCAGUUCAGCUGAGAUGGUUCGCUGCCUCAGGGGGAAAACAGAGAGUGAAAUCUUAUUGGCUACUCUGAAGAUGGAUUUUACCCGGCUGCAUCUGGGUGGAGAAGAACAGCACGUUCUCUUUUUGCCUGCAGUGGCUGAUGGUCGGUUUUUUCCGAAGAGUCCCAGAGAGCUCUUAGCAGAAAAAAACUUCAAUAAUCUUCCCUACAUCAUUGGGGUCAAUGAUGAUGAAUUUGGGUGGAUGCUUCCUCAGCUUCUCCAGUUUCCAAACUUCACGAAGGGACUUGACAAAGAGACUGCGAAUCUCCUGCUACGCAGCACAGAGCAACUCACAGGAGUGGCUCCUCAGGACCUUCCUCUGGUUGCUGAUGAAUAUCUCCAGGAUCUCCAGAACCCGGAACAACUCAGAGAUCAAUUCCUGGCUUUACUGGGGGAUGCCGUAUUCAUUGCUCCAAGCAUUCUUACUGCCAGACACCACCGAGAUGCCGGCUAUCCGGCCUACAUCUAUGAACUGCAGUAUCGUUUGAGUGAAUGCAACAGCCUCAGGCCAGACUUUACUAAAGUGGACCAUGGGGAUGAAAUUGGCUUUGUCUUUGGGAAGCCCUUCUUCACAGACAAUGCAACAGAAGAAGAUAAAAUGCUCAGCAAAGUGAUUAUGAAAUACUGGGCUAAUUUUGCUCGCAGUGGGACCCAGAUCUCCGCUCUGGCUGGAGGUUCAGAUCCAAAAGGGCCGCGCGAAUCUCCGGUGCCCAUCCAUACCAUCAUCCCCCACGAGGCCUUUGACGAGAUAACCCUGGUGCACAAUAUCGCUCUGCUGAAGACAAGCACUCCGCUCCCUUUCAGCACUGCCGUACAGCCUGUCUGCUUCCCCACCCCAGACUUCCCAGGGGCAACACUGAGUAAAUGCUUUGUGGCUGGCUGGCCGGACUCUCAAGGAGGGACUGGUCCUCUGCAGAAACUCUCGGUGGAAGAUGUGGACCCCUGCCCCUUGCACAGAACCGUCAGCACGGAGUGUUGCAGCCAUCGGGAAGGUGACCGAGUGCCUGGAUGUCUGGGGUCAGCUGGCAACCCGGUCCUGUGUGAGGCAGAAGGAAGGCAGGUGCUGAAGGGCCUGCUGAGCGAAGGGGGCACCAGAUGCUACGGGCCCUUCCUCUACAGCCGCCUCAUCUACUACAGUGGCUGGAUCGUGGCCACCAUGGCCAAAUGGGGGGCUCCAGAAUCCCCAUUUCCUGGCCAAAGGCAUCCAGCCUUUGGGAGCCCAGCGGAGGAACAGGAGAGGCUGCUCUUUGAACCCUUUUUGGCCCUGAGAGCCCUCAAUGUCUCUGAUGCUUCAGAAGACCCCCUCAGCCUGAACCUUUCGGAGGAGCUGGAGGAGGACAGCCUGGGCUCCCUGGAAGGCCCCCCCGAGGGACGAGCAAACCCUCCGCUCUACUACGACUACUAUGGGGGGGAGCUGCUCGCCAUCUCUUCAGCAAAGACGGGCCAACAGCAGGGGCUGCAGGGCCUCCUCUGCAUGGGCCUCCUGCUGCACCUCCUGGCUUCCUGAAGCUCUGGCCAAGCAGAUUAUUCCUGGCCCCCGAGAGGAGAUUUCUCCUGGGAGAACCUUUUAUCCUCCUGGGUCUCCUCGCCCUAUGAGAAGUUGGGACCUCACAAGAGGGUAGAACACAAAGCAUCAACCCCGAGAAGCUUCAUGACAGCCUGUCUUUGCAUGCCUCAUGCAGGGGGCUUUGACCCCAUGGCCACAGCUAGAUGCCCCCGUCCAUUAAACCCCUUUUUGUGUCCUAUUAUUAAUGAGAUGUGCCUUUACUUGAGCUUUUGCAGGACGAAAAGCUGCCUCUUGCUAGACUUGGACCAGUGGCCACCAGGUGUUUAGCAAGGGGUGCAAAGAGACC